CGCCCAGGAAAUUUCAGACACGCGUUGUUGGCUGGCGAAACAAACAAGAAUUUGAGGAAAUAUAUAAUUGUUUAUAUCAUGAAGACAUCAUGAAGAGGCUAGAUGGUCUGCAGAGGAUAAGUGCAUGGAAGUGUCGGUUUGGUGACAAGACGCCAGUAGCCAUCGAGUGUACAGCUACCCUGCUUGAAGCAGUUCUAAUGGAAGAGUCCGAAGAUGAGCCCAGUCGACUUCAACUGAUCUACAGCAUGGCUGUCAUUCGAUUUGUAAAUCUCCUGACUGGAUACUUGCAGACCAAGGGACAAGCUCAGCCGGUUGUGUCUCUUGCCAAAGAGAUUGGUCUUCCUGAGUGGAUUGUAGAGCUCCGUCAUGAAGCGAGUCACAAGCACAUGCCACCCCUAGCCAUCUUGAAAGCAGCAGCUAAGAUUGGCCUGGUGUGGCUGCGUGAAUACUUCUGGAUCCAGCAGUGCAUAAAGGUUCCAGCACCAGCACCCGCACAGAAGAAAGUGGUGGAGGAGGUAGUCUGGGCACCAAACAUUGAUGGUGUCGGAGGUGAUAUUACAAGACUGAUCAUUGCUUACCAACAAGUACAGUUUAAGGUUAUUGUUAAUGGGGCCCACAGUGACGGUGGAAAGGUCACAACAGUAAUGUCUGGCUUGGAACACUGCCUGGCAGAUCCUGAAGCCAGAUACCUAGUUAUACCGCUUCUACUGCAAGAUGGCUACCUGGUACCCACCACAGAGCAAUUAGAGGCAUUGAAUAUCUACCAAGGUGUAUCAACUAUCGGAAAUAUCACCAUGAUUCACAAAGGCCUCUGCCGCUUCUGGAAGCCUCUGGUUUUGCUGUUAGAUUCACUGGGGUUCACCCCUCUGUUGCUGCAGUGUAUCGUCAAGGAGCUGGGUAGAUUUAGGCUUGUCGGAGCUAAACCAGCCCAGUAUCUCAUGGGAUGGGCGCUGCAGAUUAUAAUGGCCGGAACUACAGAUAGGAGGCCCUUUAGAGAGUACUCAAUGCUGUACAGAAACAUUUUGAAACUUCCCUGGAAUGAGGUUUAUGAAGAUUGCAUCCGAUGCCCUAAUGCAUUUACCCUCCGCCUCCUAAAGUUCAUUUUGCCAAAUGUAGUCCCAAAGCCAUCAGAGCAAACACAAACCAAAGUGAAACAUCUAUUAUCCGUCUACUGCAACGCUCUGGAAACUCAACAGCCUGCAUCACUAACAUCCGAAGAUGGCACUAAAGCACUGAGGAUUUACACGUCAGAGGACAUUCUGGAAACAGUGGGUGAAAAUUUAUCACAGGGAAACAAAUCUUCAGAGUCGUCAUUGGUUGUUGAGGAGAAAAUGGAAGGUGUUGAGGAAAGCUAUGUGGAGACAGGGGUGUUAAAAGAACAAGACGGUUUUAAACCAUGGUCAUUAAGUACAGCUGAGGUCAACUGGUCCAAAUGUCCAAUCGGGUCAAUACCAGGUCAGCCAGAUGACCCCAAUUUCCUGUUGCUUGACACCCCACCAAGCGAGAAUAGAAAAAGACUGGAAAGAUCUACAAAAUUGCAAAGGUUAAAAUCACCAGCAGCUCAAACCAGCCAACCAGAACCCGAGACCAAUCAACCGAAACCCGGAACCAAGCAACUAGAACCCGAAACCAACCAACCAGAACCCAUGGCAGAGGAUGAUAUCCCAACAGAAGAGCACUAUUGGACAAAGAGCGAACUUGACAUUGUAAAAACACAAAUAUGCAUCCUGUAGAAAUAUGCUCACAGAUGGACUUUGACAACUCUAAUUCUUUGGCUACAACCUUGGAGUGUUGAUAUUCGAAUACCAGAAUAAAUGGACCUCUCCCCCCCCCCCAUGCAAACUUGAGCAAACUUAAAAUGUAAAAAACACAGACAUACAUCCUGUAAAAAAAUACUCAUAGAUGGACUUCUACAACUCUAGUUCUCAGGCCAAAACCUUGGAGUGUUUGAUAUUUGAAUACCUGAAUAAACGCACCCCCCCCCCCCCACGCAAACUUGUUUUUCUUCUUCUUGGGAGUCAUUAUUAGCCCAUGCUGCAUCUCUCAGCCAUCCUGUCUCAGUUUUAGAUUACCAGGAGGUCUUGGUUUGGUCUUUGGAUGUCACUCAGGCACCGAUCUAGGUGGUGCAAGCGGGAGGCCAAUUUGCAGGGGAACCCUUGAGCCGUUUUCACAAAGCAAUAAAAUUCAUUGCGAGACACAGUGUCAGUAUCGCCAGAGGGAUUUGUAUUGUGACAUCACACUUUACAAUAGCAGCAGCGAUUGAUUUGCAGUUAAAAUCAAUCUUAGCUCUUUAUGAAAUCAGCCCCUGCUCUUGGCGACUUAAAAAAACAAAUAUUUUGUAAACUUUAAACUUACACCAUCCCAUAAGAAGACUUUAAUCUAUAGCUACAUACCUCUGUGGUUAAAGUUUUAAGUCAAACUGCAUUGGCUGUUAAAUAACUCACUCACACAAAGAUCCUUGCUUGUGUUAUCGGAUGCAUAACAUGUCAUAAAUUUAUUACCAGGUUGGCUACUGCCCUCCAAAUAAUAAUGGCAACCUUCUAGUUACUUCUCUAAUUUUGUUUAUUUCCCCCCCCCCCCCCUCCCUCGUACAAUUCCUGGAUCCGUGCCUAGCCGGCAAGGGCCAAAUUUCAUAACUGCUGUUUGGCAGAAAGUAAUGCUUGACAAAUUUCUCUGUAAAGCACAAAUUGAGUGGGGCACCAGACACAACAGUGUAAACUUCAUGGAAUGUU